AUGGCAGAACUCACUGAUGAUGCCGACUACGAUGCCGGCGAAACGUUUAGGAAUGUAUCAAGUCCACUGUUAGCUGGUGGGAAUCAUGACAACUACUAUGGCAGACGACUUCGGACUAGGUGCAUUCUACAUAGUCGCCAUGACAACAAGACCAAAAGACGCAAUUCCAGCUCUGAGGGUGUCCAUCAUGUGAUGGACUGCCAAACUGCUGCAGUACAUCGAGGACUGGCCAUCGUUUCUGGCGAGAUCAACACACGAAUCUCUGCUUCAAGCAGUUCCAUACAAAAUGAAUGCCAAGAUGUUGUGGUCUCUGAUAUGAUCGCAGUCUUCCCUUCGAUGUAUAGAAAUGGGUUGACCUCGUUUGAGAAUGUAUCAAUUCCACUGUCAGAUGGUGGGAAUCAUGACAACUUCGGACUAGGUGCGUUCUACAUAAACGCCCUGACAACAAGACCAAGUUGCGACAACGAAGUUAACCCACUUCUUAAACAGCUUACGCCUCUCAGUCUCGUAAUUAUCCUCUCAUUUCUGGAUAGAAAGUAA